AAAAAAACAAAAAACAAAACAAACAAACAAACAAAAAAAACAAACAAAAAACAGCCUUUACAAAUACCAGAAGGAUUCUGAACAAUGAAAUAGGAACACCAAACAGGUAAGACAGCUGAGAGGUUGUUUCUCAUGUAUGCUGGUAAGAAAAGGGUAACACAUGUAUAGCAGAUUGUUGAGCAAAAUAGCAUCAAAUCAAGAACCAUGAGAAUACUGUAUUUUCUUCUCUGUCUCCCUGCAAGUCUCCUCCAUAUUCACCCAGGAGAACUGAAGGAUCAGGUGCUUAGUCUGCCCCUUCUGGUCUGUAUCCUUCCAGCAGGACCAAUCUGCAUCUUACCUUUUGUAGAACACUGCUCUCCAGGCAUGGCAAUAUUCUUGUCCUAUUGAAGUCUCUGUAGCUCUGAUUACACAUAGGUGACCUGCACAAUAUUGAGCCCAUCAGUAUUCCUUCAUGGUGUAGAGGCUCCUGAGGCUCCUUUUCCAUCAGAACUAUAGGCAGUUAAAAGUUGCAGGCAAAGCUUUUUUCAGGGAUACAACCACUGAAAAGUUCCCAAUAUUGCUGGGCAUAGUGAAGCACACUCUUCUCAAAAACUGAGUGUGAGACUGGUUGCUGGAUCUCAUCUGUUCUACAUAGUGAGUUUCAGCAUGGCCAGAGCUAAUAGUAAGACCCCAUCUCAAUAAACACACCAAAAAAAAAUCUAAGCAGAUUGACCACGUGCUUCUACGUGCUUCUAAGGAACCUCAAUAUUACUCAUUGGUUCAUCAGCUAGAUUUGUGUGGAGUCUUUUCUUUGUUUCUGUCAUUGGUGUCUCAUCUGGGGUGAGUAGGCAUUGAUCAUAUAUCCUCAGAAAAAGUUCAUACAGUAUCUCCAAAGCUUCUCCUGGGCAGGGUAAGAAACUUGUAAUGAGGUUGAUCUGGCUGAUUGAGUGAUGGAGAACCAAGAAGAAACUCUGAGAGCAGUGAGCCCCCUCAUGAACCCCUGGCUCAUGAAGACACCAGGUUUAUUUCAUUUUAAGUCCUUAUUCAUGGUGACUUCAAACAUUCAGACAGAAGUGGAUUGUAACAAUGGAGAUGUUCUGCAGGAAAAGACCACAAUCAGACUUGGACUUGUAAUCCCAGCCACCAGGAAGCUGAGGAGGAUGAGUCUGAGACCUGCAUGAGAUUCAAGAGAUUCUGUCUCAGAAACAAAAGCAAAAACUAAAGAACCAGGAAGAGACAAGUCACAUAUCCUGUAGCCCAACCCACCACAGCACUGGGGAAGUAAGAGUCAGGUGCCUGGAAAGAGUAGUUCCUCUUCUUCCGGGUUGCUAGUAUUACAUCCUCAUGACAGGAAGGAGAAGACACCCUGCAUAGAACAUCAGCUUGGUUUCUUUCCGUUUGGCAAAGAGACCAGCUAUCUGCAAACUUGUGACAACUGGAAGAUGCCAUGACCAUCUUUCUCACGGUCCUGCUGUAUGUUGGGCUGUGUCUGGUCCUCAGUAUCCCUGCACUGGCAGGGGUCUUCUCUAAACCUACACUUAGAGCAGAUCCAAGAAAUGUGAUCACCACUGGAAACCAGGUGACAUUCGUCUGUCAAGGGCCCUUAGAGGUCAAGGAAUAUCAUCUCUGCAAAGAAGGAAGUCCAGAGUGCUUGCCACCAACAACCCUUAUAAUAGAAACUGAGAACUCGGCCAAAUUCCUUAUCUUGUCAGUUGAGUGGAACAAUGCAGGCCAAUAUUGGUGUGAAUAUAAAAGCCCCAAUGGCAAAGCAGUACACAGUGACUACCUGGAGCUGGUGGUGACAGGAGUUCACAACAGCAGUGUGACCCUGUCAGCCAUUCCCAGCCAGUGGUGACUGCAGGAGAAAUGUGACCCUUCAAUGUGUGUC